CCGCGGUCGGGGAAGAGGAGUUGCAUGUGUCACUUCAGCUGGUGCGAGCGGCGGGAGCGGAGGCGGCGGGAGCUGUGCGACCGCCCGGGUUUGUGAGAUGGCUGCUGACCUUUCCGAGUCCAGUGGGCAAGAUUGUAAAGGCAACCUGAAGAGCAGCGCCAAGUUAGACACAGAUUACCCACUUCGAGUCCUUUAUUGUGGAGUCUGUUCAUUACCAACAGAGUACUGUGAAUAUAUGCCUGAUGUCACUAAAUGUAGACAAUGGUUAGAGAAGAAUUUUCCAAAGGAGUUUGCAAAACUUAGCGUAGGACAUUCGCCCAAACAAGAAGCUGGAAUUAUCGAAGGUCACGGAAUGGCUGGGGAAGAGGAGGAGAAGAAAAAGCAAAAGAGAGGUGGACGGGGUCAAAUAAAACAGAAAAAGAAGACAGUACCACAAAAGGUGACGAUAGCCAAAAUCCCCAGAGCAAAGAAGAAAUAUGUGACAAGAGUGUGUGGCCUUGCAACUUUCGAAAUUGAUCUUAAAGAAGCACAAAGGUUUUUUGCUCAGAAAUUCUCCUGUGGUGCCUCAGUGACAGGAGAGGAUGAGAUCAUCAUUCAGGGUGACUUUACAGAUGACAUCAUCGAUGUCAUCCAGGAGAAGUGGCCAGAGGUGGAUGAUGACAGCAUCGAGGAUCUUGGAGAAGUAAAGAAGUGAUUUUGAACAGGUGUCUGUAUUUAAUGAUCUGAACUGAGAAUUGAUAAUGGCCAAAGAGGGGGGAGGCCUUUUAAACAAUAUAUUUAUCCUACAGCAAAAUUGUAGGCCGCCCUUGUCCUUGGCCUUUUCACUGUUCUGUACAAGGCUGCUUGUUUUUGUUUUUGUAAUUGCCAAAGUCUAAUAAAUAGGGGAGACUGUCAUGCUGAUGCAUGAAAUAGAAUUUAGUUGAAUAAAAUUCUUUGGUCAUUUGGUACUGA